AUGUCACCGUCUUAUCACGCUCAGUUGCUCUCUGAAUAUCUAAAAUUGGCGCCGCAUUUGGAAAUUCCUUCGACGCAUCGCUUCUCUCGGCCAGUACUUCGACACCCUGAUCUUUCUCCGAAUAAUAUCUUGGUCAAUUCCUCCAGCGAUAUAGUGGGGAUUAUCGAUUGGCAAAAUGCAGUAAUAUUACCACUUGGCCUGUGUGCUGGCAUACCAGACCAUUUUCAAAACUGGGGGGACCACGUGUCAGAAACACUGAAAAAACCAGUAUUACAACUCCCCGAGAAUUUCGAUAAACUCAGUCAAGACGAGCAAGACUCAAUACGGGAGACAAUGCGAAAACGUUUAGUCCAUUUUUACUACGCGGCGUUGACUAUGAAGCAUAUGCCCGACCAUUUUGAUGCUUUGCGUAAUGAAAAUGCAAUGCUUCGGGUCAAGCUGUUCAGUUGUGCUGGAGCGCCGUGGGAAGGAGAUUCGUUGUCCCUGAAAUACGCCUUGCUUCAAGUCCAUCAGAACUGGCCGACGAGUCUGGGUCGAGAUGAUACCACAGAGUCCGCUCCCUGUCCGGUGCAAUUUACCGAAGAGGAAAGCAGGCAGUGUGUCGACAAACGUGAGCAGGAACAGGAAAAACUGCAAGAGUUAAGUGAGAUGAAAGACGUCAUUGGUAUAGACGCGCUGGGAUGGGUUCCUGAUGAUGAGCAGCUGGAAAAGUCAAAGAGGAUUGCCGAAGCGAUCAAGGAGGGCUUGUUGGCACAUUCGGAAAAUGAAAUGGAAAGAGCUGCUUUGAGUGCGCACUUUCCUUUUGACGAUCAUGAUGAAGAUGCAUGA